GUCUGGAGAGAAAUGGAUGAAGAUGCAUUGCUUGAGACCUACUUUGACCAGUCAAUUGCUGGUUCUUCUGAAUACAUGUUUGGAGAGGAUUUGGAAGGCCCACCACAGCUUCAGGAUCCCUCUUACCUCUCCUCUUCCAUCUCCAACCAACAGAAAGAUGAGGAUGAUGAUCUGGACCUGAGCUUUCUACCUGAUGAGCUAAACGUUCAGGAUGAAGGGGGAGAGAACACAGGAGUGGGUCUUACAGAGGCCAGUGGUGUUUAUCUGGACUGUUCAACUGCAAGACCUCCUGAAGCAGACACUGAGGUUAAUACGAGGCAGCCUGCAGCCUCCCCCUUCUGCAACCUCCCCAUGACACCCAUGACCCCAGUGGCUCCUGUGGCAGAAAGUUCAGGAAUCAUCCCACAAUUACAGAAUAUAGUGUCCACAGUAAACCUGGCAUGUCCUCUAGACCUGAAAGCCAUUGCCCUUCAAGCUCGAAAUGCUGAGUACAAUCCAAAGCGCUUUGCUGCUGUAAUUAUGCGGAUCCGUGAACCCAGGACCACUGCCCUUAUCUUCAGCUCAGGAAAAAUGGUCUGCACUGGCGCAAAGAGUGAGGAGCAGUCUCGCCUUGCUGCAAGGAAGUAUGCCCGGGUGGUACAGAAGCUUGGCUUCCCAGCCAAAUUUCUUGACUUCAAGAUCCAGAACAUGGUCGGCAGUUGUGAUGUGUGUUUCCCCAUACAGUUGGAGUGCCUGGUUCUGACUCACCAACAGUUCAGCAGCUAUGAACCUGAAUUGUUUCCUGGUUUGAUCUACCGAAUGGUGAAGCCAUGGAUUGUCCUCCUGAUAUUUGUGUCUGGAAAGGUUGUUCUUACAGGUGCAAAAGAUAGCUCUGAAAUAUAUGAAGCUUUUAAGAAUCUCUACCCAAUUCUGAAAGGAUUCAGGAAAUAGCGAAAAACUAGCACU